AGCCUCUGCGCUUGCGUCGUGGUGGGAGGGGCGGUGAUUGUAGCUUGUUUCGUCGGAGCACGUUGGUUGGAAGAUGGCGGCGCCCGGCAGCGUGGAAGAGAUGCGGAACCGAGUAGUGCUGGGAGAAUUUGGGGUCCGCAAUGUACAUACAACAGACUUUCCGGGAAAUUACUCAGGAUAUGAUGAUGUCUGGGAUAAAAGGAAAUUUGAAAAGAAUUUUAGAGUAGAUGUGAUUCACAUGGAUGAAAGCACUUUGGAAUUUGACAUGGUGGGAAUUGAUGCUGCCAUUGCUAAUGCUUUCCGACGCAUCUUGCUUGCAGAGGUCCCAACCAUGGCUGUAGAGAAGGUUUUUGUGUACAAUAAUACCUCCAUUGUGCAGGAUGAAAUUCUGGCUCAUCGCUUGGGAUUGAUUCCUAUCUGUGCAGAUCCUCGUCUCUUUGAAUACAAGAGUGAAGAAGAUGAAUGUGAUGAGAUUAACACCCUGCAAUUCCAGUUGAAAAUAAAGUGUAGCAAGAAUCCUCAUGCGCCUCGGGAGUCGUCUGAUCCUAAUGAACUCUACAUCAACCAUAAAGUGUACAGCAAGCACAUGGAAUGGGUGCCGAUGGGUUCCCAGGCUGACAACAUGAAUGCUAACUUCCGUCCUGUACAUGAUGACAUCCUUAUUGCCCAGUUGCGUCCUGGUCAAGAGAUUGAUGUACUUAUGCACUGUGUAAAGGGCAUUGGUAAAGAUCAUGCCAAGUUUUCUCCAGUAGCCACAGCCAGCUAUCGGCUGUUGCCGGAAAUCACUCUGCUGCAGCCUGUUGAAGGGGAAGCAGCUGAGAAGCUACAGAAGUGCUUUUCUCCUGGAGUUAUCGAGGUCCAAGAAAUCAAAGGGAAAAAAGUGGCAAGAGUAGCCAAUGCCCGACUGGACACAUUUAGCAGAGAAAUCUUCCGUCAUGAUGAUUUGAAAAACCUUGUGCGCUUGGCUCGUGUGCGAGAUCACUACAUCUUUUCUGUGGAGUCAACAGGCAUUUUGCCUCCAGAUGUGCUGGUGAGUGAAGCAAUCAAGGUAUUAAUGGGAAAAUGUCAGCAUUUCUUAGAGGAGCUGAAAUCCAUCCAGAAGAAAUAAGUGGAGGAACUUAGCCCUUUAUCACAGGUCUCUAAUUAGUUGAGAUCUCUGCAGAUGAGUUUAAGAAGAGCGGCUUCAACCAAGUGUACUCAAGCUGGCAAGGGGAUAACUAUGUCUACAAAUGAUGUGCGUGCGACUGGAACUGGUUGCUCUGUACUUUCCUACUUUUGCUUGUCAGCUGAGCUAUGGCUGAAAUACAGAGGUAUAGUGGAAUGCCACUGUGCAGCUCUCUGCAAAGACUAACAUACACUGAUGGAGUUGAGGAAAAAAUUAUUUAUUCCUUGACAAAUAUUCUAGAAAAGGAUCCAAAGACUGUGUAAGCAUAUGAAUGUGUAAUCUGACAGUAAUAAACUGCAAAGCUUCCUAUAUUGCCCUUUAAGUGUGCCAAGACUAUUGACUCAAGAGCUGUUUUACAGACACCCCACCUCCUUGUCCCUGAAUUGCCAGGUGUACAGCCACUUGACAUUGGUUGGUGGCAAUGUCUGAUCAGCUCAGAGUUUUACAGAAUAAAAGUUUAAUGUUAAUGCCCACGAGCCUUCUAAAUCAUAACGAUUUACUUCUCUGGCCCUACUUAUGAAAGAAGCUGAAUCUCACCUUCCUUAAGGGUACAGCUUUUUUCUUCUUCAAGAGAAUAGUGAGAAUAUGAAAUAAUUCAGGACCUCAUGUCUGCUUAGAUAUGAAGAUAAACUUUUGAGAAAUUCCUCCUUAUGUGGUCUUGUGUAUUGUCUGGCUAAACUGUGUCAAUUGCUUUUAGUAUUUUAAAUCUAUAUGGUUCAUUCUAGAAACAUAAAGAAUUCCCGCAUCAUG